AUGAGCUUCCGAGGGUUCCAGAAGACCGUGACCCGGGCGCCGCAAACAUUUAAAGCCAAGUUUAACUUAGGCGAACACACCAAGGAUGCCGUGUACAUAGACGCUGAACGACGCUUCCAAGAGCUGGAAAACGAGACGAAGCGCUUGCACGAUGAGUCCAAGAAAUACUUCGACGCCAUCAACGGCAUGCUCAAUCACCAAAUUGAGUUUAGCAAAGCUAUGAGCGAGAUCUACAAGCCCAUCUCAGGUCGUAUGUCGGAUCCCAUGUCAGUAGAGAUCCAGAGCAAUCCUGAAGGCAUCCGCGCAUGCGAAGAGUACGAGGCCAUCGUCAAGGACCUGCAAGAGACUCUACAGCCUGAACUCGAGAUGAUAGAUUCGCGAGUCGUCCGUCCUGCGAACGAACUCCUCGAUGUGAUCAAGGUCAUUCGGAAAACGGCUGUCAAGCGUGACCACAAGCAACUGGAUUAUGACCGACAUCGUCAAACGCUGAAGAAGUUGCAGGAGAAGAAAGAAAAGUCGGCAAAAGAUGAGAAGGCCAUGUGGAAAGCCGAAAGCGAGGUGGAAGUGGCGACCCAAGAGUUCAACUAUUUCAAUGACCUGUUGAAGGACGAGCUGCCAAAACUCUUUACGCUGGAGCGAGAAUUCAUUCAGCCCUUGUUCCAGUCAUUCUACUAUAUGCAGCUAAACAUUUUCUAUACACUACAUGAGAAGAUGCAGCACUGCGAUAUCGGAUAUUUUGAUCUGACGCUCGACCUCGAAGAAGCAUUCAACAGCAAGCGCGGCGAUAUUCAGGAGCAGGCGGAAAAGCUUACUAUCGUGCGAUUCAAGACCAGUGGGCAAAAGAGACCCCCCAAGUACGGUCGGCCAGCUUUGGAGGCGGGAAAGCCACCGGCAGCAAUCACCGCAGGACCUUCCACAAACUCCUCACCCGCCCCCUCACCCGCCCUGACGUGGAAGCAGUCUCAAGCAGAAGUUUCUGAAACUCCGGAAAACCCUCCCCCGCCAUACUCAGUAACAAAUAAGCCUUUUGUAUCACCUAUGUCGCCACCCCUGAAAAGCCCCAUCUCUCCAGGUCUUGCGAUGGCGGCUGCAGCAAAGGCAAAGCCACCUCCGCCGAAACCUAAGCCUAGUCGUCUUAGUGGAGCACCGACUGGAGCUGAGAUAGUUCACGCGUUGUACGACUAUUCCGCGCAAGCGGAAGGUGAUCUCAGCUUCAGGGUUGGUGAUGCGAUCGAGAUUGUAACGAGGACGCAGAACGAUAAUGAAUGGUGGACUGGAAGAUUGAACGGAAAGCAGGGGCAAUUCCCAGGCAACUACGUGAAACUGGGCUAG